CCUCGAAUCGUCGGUGUCGCGGGGUGUUUUCAAUCGUUGUAUUCCUAACCUUUCGUCUGUUAACCGUUCUCUCUCUCUCCUCACCAUUGUUUUUCUUACCACCAACAACGUUACCUCGUCGUCGUGACCGUGUGCAAUGUCGAAGUGGGGCGUCUCGAAUCGCGGCCGAUUUCGCGUCGCGAUCGACAGUGUCCGUUGUUCCUAAAUAAAGCAGGAUCGUUGUGCCGUUGUGUCCAAGAUCGAGAUCUCGAUAGGGACUCGCGUUGAAUCGCCGCGACAGUGUAGGCGCGUUCGUGUUGCGCAGUAACGGAUAAUUAUCCGUUUAGGGAAGAUCUAAACAGGUGUGUGCCAGCCGUUGCUGAAGCUACCUCGGACAAAUGCGGGAGAUUUAAAGACAGACAAGUUCUGGACGAGGUCGAUGGACAGUGUAGUUGUGUGUCGCAGUGUCUUAUUUCGCGGUUGCGAACCACUUGGCUGCAUGCCGCGAUCAGCUGAAGUAGUCGACGUGCCGUCUGCCCCGCGGACUCGUGAUUAGGUAAGUCGGGAUUACCUGGACGAACCUGUGACGAAAUUCUCAGCGUAGGUAUUCGUGCCGUUGGUGGUUGUUAACAAUGAAGCAUUAGAUUAUCUCGUGAGUAGACAGAUGUUUACGAUACGUAUGCAUUUAAGUGGGAAUUACAAUAGUUUCCAUCAACGAUGGCCUGCAGAAUAUUUUAAGAAUAUUUGAAAUUCAGUUUCUCGUCGAGAUAGGACGUAGGACCUCGACGUAGGCCCCCAAAGGGUCAAAGAGUUUCAACAAAAUUCUGUUGAAAAUUUCCAAACUUUUUAACAAUGCAUAUUCAUGUAUUUGGACCACUUUACACUUGAUAAUAACUCGACAGAAGUCGUUCCUUGCUUCUGACAGCAGGCAACGCGCAGCCCUGCAACGAUCCAGUCGUACCUCGAGGGCUGCUCGACCAAAGGGGACUGCCCCCACUAUAGAAGGCCCGGUGUGGCCCCGAACAGGUCGACAGCGUCGCUCGAGCCGAGCCUCUUCCUUCUUCAGUCCUCUGCGAACCGGUGUUCGGUGUGCUCGAUCUUCUCUCGAGGUCUCCUCGUUGCGAGUGUGCAUUCUCGAAAUAUUUAAAAAGUGCAGUGUGUGUAUCGUGUACGUGUCCUAAGAUAUCGCGAGCAGCCACGAAGAAUGCCCCUGAAUUACAAUCGGAAUUUUAUUCGAAUAAAUGACGACGAUUGAAAAGUCUGAAUAGCGAUUUAUUCGCAAUUGAACGCCUUUAUUCGUUUAACGUUGGAACCUAAUUUGAUUGCGAGUAAUUGGGCGGUGAAUGGGCAAUCUGUCCAAUCUUGUUUGGCAGGAACAGUUCUCCAGCUUGUGUAACCAACAAUGAAAUCAUUUUUUAAAGAAUAUAUAAUGUAAAUUCUCGAAAAAUUUUCAUCGAGACUCUCGAUCCAUCCAGGGACAUUCUCUGGUACAAAUUGUGCGCUAUAAAAAAGAGAACUGGGAAUAUUCGAAAUUGUUUGGUGUUUUCAAAAGGAUCUCGCGACGCGCUACAAGGCAGUGUGUGUUAAAAGAUAGCACGAGAGAGAGGAUUCCAAUUAAUCUUCCUAACGGAACCUCGCUGAAAGGGCAACCGUCGUGCGGGGUUUAUUUUACCCGGUUUGUUUAAUUCUUCGUUGGAAUUGACGUUCUAGGUAUUACACACCGAAUCACACAGUGCAGUGUUUGUUGUUUGUACGAUGGUCCGUUUAUACACCGUGGCAAUACAAGCUCCGUGAAGGACCACUCAGAAAAAUGAGCGCAGCCGUAGAAAACGGCGUGGAGGCCACGAAGCCGCGCGGAGUUUUCUCGAGGGCAUUCGCUAAACGGGCGCAGCCCUUCGAGGAAGCUCUCGCUACACUAAACCGUUUGAACAAAGAAGGUGAAGCACUUGCCCUCCAAGAUGAUCUCACAACGCACCCCACCUUGGCCUUGAUGCGACGCAUCCUUGCAGAUGCACAGGCAAAAUUUCGCGUGAUGGUAGAGGAGAACGCAGCGACUGGCGCCCGGCUUGACGGGGAGCUGGAACGAGCUAGGGGCGAGUGCGCCACGCUCCGAGGCGAGCUGAGGGAUGUUCGCGGCGCUUUGCCCGUGGUGCUAAACAACAAUAACGGGGCUGGCAACAGCACCCCCGCUGCAGGCAAUAGCAACAACAACGCCACGGGGAGCGCCACGAAUAACAGCAAUCCUGGGACGCAGGAGACCAGCGAGGUUCAGCAGCAAUCGCAGGAGGAUGGCAAGAGGCUCAGCGCUGGCAGCAGCCCUGUGGAGAAGAGGAGUUCCGCCAGUGACAAGUCGGCCAGUCCUAUCGAUAAGAGAACCAGUCCUGUCGAUAGGAAGGAACGAACUAGUCCUAUCGAUCGACGAGCCAGUCCCAUAGAGAAGCGCAAUGGGUCCCCGAGUCGCAGUCCAAGCGAGAAAGCACGACGACCUUUCGCCCCAGCUCUGGAGAAGACACGGCUGGGUGGCUCCGGGGGAAGCGUCGACUCUCGAUCGGGCAGCGCCAGUCCGGAUCGAGGAUCUACCAACAGAAGCAACUUCCUCCAUCGCGGUGGCAGCGAUCGAUCGAGCGUGGAGAGACUGCGAAUAUCGACGAAUCGCGACUCCCUGCGAUCCAGCAAGGAAACGAACGAUCACGAGAAGGAUAUCGACAAGGAUCUAGUGGAUGGCGAGGUGCGGGUCGAAGAGGACAAUGAACCACCUGGACCAGCCCCAGGCAGCAGACCCUCGUCCCCGGCUAAUUCCCUGGGGAUUGGCGAUCCGCUGGUAGCGUCCAGGUUGUCGAACAUGCACGGUAGCGGAGGUAGCAGCGGAUCCGUGGAGCUGGCUAGCACGAGGAGGCUGCGACUGGAGAACGAACGCCUGGUAGCCGAAGUAGCAAGACUGAGGAGAUUGCUCCUGAGCGGAGCAGCUCGCGGUGAAGUCGGUUCCGAGGACGCAGCCCUCGAAGAAGAGGCGCGAUUCGUCGCCCUCGAGCUGGAGCUGCAGCACGCCAAGGAAGCUCUGCAAGUCCUCAAGGCCGAUCGAAAGAGGCUCAAGGCCGAAAAGUUCGAUCUGCUCAAUCAAAUGAAGGCACUCUAUGGCACUCUGGAGGACAAGGAACGAGAAUUGCGCGACUUCAUAAGAAACUACGAACAGCGGAUGCGGGAAAACGAGGCGACCUUAGGACGCCUUCAGCAGCAAGGAGUUGGCAUACCCUCGGAAGAACGUGAAAGGGAACGGGAAAGGGAACGCUGGAGUCUUCUAAGGGCAGCGAGGGACGAGGCAGAUCGAAGUCUCAGCCUGGCAGCCAGUUUGGCCGACAAAGAGGCCGCUCUUUCGCACGCACACGCGACUAUAAAAGAGUUACAGCGUCAAUUGGCGGAAAGAGGCGGGGGCGGUAUCUGCUUGAGCGACCAGGAAUCCUUGGUUUCGUUCCCGAGGGGCAGCGUGAAUGGAGCUGCGACACCGGGCGCAGGAAGUAGCAGCGGCGGUGGAGGCUGCGGUAUCAUCCCUCAUAUGAAUUCUCAACCGCCAUUAGGUAGCACAGAACUAGGAGUGAGCGUUGGGAACGUCGGCAAUGCGGCAGGUGUAGGCUCGUCAGGUGGACAGGCGGGUGAUCGAGGAAGUUGCAGCGCGGACAGCGGCGUCAGGGGAUCCAGCGACAGAGAAAGCGGCGGUGCCACCAGCGUGGGUGGAAACCUCUCGGAUUCGACCACAGACGGCACGCCGACAAUAACGGUCGAGGGAAGCGGUCUCGACAUGGACAGCAUCUCCGUGGUUUCCUCCAUUGCACCAUCCCACAUGUACCAGUCAGCGACCACGCCAAAAGACUGCAGUCCCACGUUGUCGCCCCUGAACGCGUUCUCCAGGUCUAUGGACAAUUCGUCCUUAUCGCGAUCGGUCGAGCAGCUGUCGAGCCCGCUGGAAUCGGAACCGAGGAGGAACAAAAAUCCACCUAUCACGGCACCUGCCGCCCAUUCGCGUUCUUCUGCGACUCGCGGUGGCACGUGGGGUUCUAUUUCUAGAGUAUUCGCACGCUCACGGCAUCGAAAGGCUGCAAACAACUCCAGUGGCGGCAGCGGUAGCAACGAGGGCUCCGACGGCUUUGAUCCUUAUAGAUCAUGGUCGCCUCUCACCGAGGAAGGUUACGCUGAGAAACUUCGUUUACUCAGAGAAGCCGCAUCCGUUCCUAUGGAGCGAUGGAGGGCGCCCACGGUUCUGGCGUGGUUAGAGGUCGCUCUUGGUAUGCCGCAAUACGGUCCACGAUGCGCUGAAAAUGUUAAAUCUGGAAAGGUUUUGCUGGAGCUGAGCGACGCGGAAUUGGAAGCCGGGUUGGGCGUGACGCACCCCCUGCACAGAAAGAAAUUGCGUUUGGCCAUCGAGGAGCAUCGACACCCGAGUCUCGUUCGAUAUCCGUGCAUCGCUCAACUGGGUCACACGUGGGUCAGCUCAGAGUGGCUACCCGACCUUGGACUCGCUCAAUAUUCCGAGAGCUUCGCUACCAAUAUGGUGGACGCUCGGAUGCUCGAUCACCUGAGCAAGAAGGAGUUGGAGAAGCUUCUUGGCGUGACCAGGAAGUUUCAUCAAGCCAGCAUCGUGCACGGCAUACACUUGCUGAGGAUGUUGAACUACGAUCGCCAGGCACUCGCGGUUAGAAGACACCAAUGCGAGCAAGUCGACACGGAUCCUUUGGUGUGGACGAACCAAAGGUUCAUUCGGUGGGCAAGGAAUAUCGAUCUAACGGAAUAUGCUGAGAAUUUGAAGGAUUCGGGGGUGCAUGGUGCUCUGGUCGUGCUGGAACCAUCCUUCACGGGUGACACGAUGGCCACAGCCUUGGGUAUACCGCCUGCCAAACACAUGAUCAGACGACACCUGACAGGCGAACUGGAAGCCCUCGUCGUGCCAGCAAGAAGUCAGCUGGAGGUGGUCCCGAGGAACAGCAACCCAGGAAGCCGCCCGAUGAGCACCGUGAGCGCAGGCGGUAGCCUCGGUCGUGGAAGCAGAGCGUUGCAUCUUCAACAUCAUCAGAGCUCCCUGUCGGCCCUCCACAUGGCGGCCAACCACUCUGGCACGGUCGAUAGACGCAGAUCCAGCCUCAGGACCUGCAGUCUUCUUUACUUGAAAAAGUUGUCGUGGAAGAGCUCACAGGGAUCGUUAAGUCGGGCCUUCGGUCUGCGACCCAGGAGCGAGAAGGCCUCGCCUUCGUCGUCGUCGGAUACGGGAAGCUUGGCGAGCCAAUACAUGAGCAGUGCUCGUAGCAACUCGCCGCCACCCCCGCAAUUGCCACCAAGACCCAUCACAGGGAAUAAAAGACACCGUAGGGUGAAGAGCAUCGGCGACAUCGACUACAUAACGACAGCUGCCGUCAGCACGCCCGUUUGACAAGAGGGUAGGCCCCAGCAUCCGGGGCCUUAUAGAAGCUUGAGCGAGCGAGGCUACUCCUCGUCGUACUCCUCUCAGUACGGCUCGUAUUCUGGCUACAGCAACAUUCUGCCUGGCGAUCAAUACCAGUAUCAACAAACUGGCAAUUACUAUCAGCUGAAGGAUGGUUAUUACUCGCCGCAGAGCACGGGACCGCCGUUUCCAGGCGUCCAAAGGUACGGCAGCCUCGCGGAGGAGACCUGGUCCUGCACCACGAAGGACGACCCUGCUGCUAAUCCGAAAACGAAUCCCAGAACUUACUUGGCUUGAUUAGCCUCUGGACUGUCUCUGCGAACACGUCGCGAUGUUCUGUAAUUCGAAGGCAACGAGUUGUUGUGUCCUUCGACAGGUAGCUACAAUUCGUUCACGUUGAAGAUAAAGCGGUCGCGAACCGAUCGCGGAUCGAUGACAGUUUGUCGCACAUGAAUGUUUCAUUUCGAAUGCCCUACGCAAGGAAUAUCGCUGUGAUGGAUUUUGAAAGAUGACGGUUAAAGAAUACCGAUCGUAAAGACAGUGUUUUAUCGAAGACUACGUACUCGAGACUACAUAUAUUCUACGAUAAUCUGCGGCUUUAGGUUACAGAGCUACCUGUGCCUAACGCGACGAUCAGUUUUUUUAUUUGUUAGUGUUCGAUCGACAUCGACGGAAAUGGA